CUUUGUAAUGAACUCGCCCAGCUGUGCCAAGCAACCAUCAACAAAAAUGGCGGACUCUAACAUCAAUAAUGCAAGAACUGAGGUUUUGGCCUGUCAUAUGUGAUAACCGUCAUCAGAGCUGGCCCUCAACUUUCUGUAUUCAAUACUUAUGAAUGCAGGGUAGCUGCAGACGAAAGAACUGCGAAAAAUGACGUCCCGUAUCACACUUUCCUCCAACAGGGAUUUCUUGACCCAAGCGGAGCAGAGAAGCCGGUUCCUCCGGCACGGCCCAAACUUCCAGCAGGAGCUGGCCCUGAAGAAGGAGCUGGCUGACCUGGAGAGGAAGUCCAUCGCUGAGAUCAGGGCGAUCAAGGCAGCAGCUAAACAACAGCCACUGGACGAGGAGACAGAAGCUGUCAUCAAGCUGACUCCAAGGUUUGUGCCUGAUAGAAAACAGCCCCCCAUCAAGAGAACUGAACCCAUCUUCCAUGAUGAGCUGACAGAAAAGAUGAUUUCCCGAGAGCCCUCCUUUCAGGAGCCAUCUGCCACCCUGUCCACCUACAACCCUCUGGAGAAGUCUGAAGUGCCUCCUCCAACACAGAAAACUAGGAAGUACCCAUAUCAGAAGGAGGAGGUGGUGUUUGUGGAAGACAUGAAGAGGCCCAGAGUCACUUCCAUGGGAGUUCUUCCCUCCAGGCAAAGUACUGAAGUGGAGGGUCUGGCUGUUCUGAUGGAAGGCAAACCUGCAGUUCCUCCACUGAGGGAGAUCUCUCUGCCUGCUCCCACACCAACUACAGAGGUCACCAUUGAGCCCAAGUAUGAGUUUAUGGAGUCCACAGAAGAAGGGACCGCUGAGACCCCCAUCGGCAAACCAGGUGCCGCACCAGCCAUCGCCAGUGCAGCCGGUACAACAGGACCGGCCCCGUUCUCAGCCAGGUCCAAACCCCCGCCCAGACCCAGGUCUAUCACCAGUGGCAGCCCCACACCACGGCCUCCCAAAUCACCACCCAAGACUCCAGACAAAGGAGCAAAGCUACGGAGGAAGACGGUAGCAAAGAGUAGUGCCAGCAGGACGACAAGUAUGAAAUCCUCCACCACUGUCAGGUCCUCCCAGCAACGAACACCUACAAGGGCAAAGGUCAUCGGCGAGUCAGAUGAGGAAGAUGAAGCAGACAGCUCUUCAGAAGAAGAGGAGUUGCUGACCCUGAGGAGUAAGCCCCAGUCCAGGGUGGGGUUUGCAGACGAUGUGGUGAUUGACGGGGAGCUCUCCCCACCCCCCAGGAGGAGGGUCACCCCCAGGGUCAGGUCUGGGGAGGGGGAGAAGAUCAAACCAGGCAGUGCAGACUCUGAGGCCUCCCAGAAGUCCAUGAAGGAGCUGCUGGCUGAAGCCGAGGCUCUGGCCGCUCCCGGGGCCGACCCACUCUACAAGGCACGGCGGGGGUCGGGCAGGUCCAAGUCAACGGAGGAGGAGAAAAAAUCUGACACACCUCCCGCUAAGGCUGAGAGAUCGGUGGAUGAAAUUAUCGCCACCUUAAGAGCAACCUCUAAGGAUGGAAGAGCUGCCCCUGUGAAGACGGAGGCUGACAGGAAGAUCCAGGAGAUCAUGGAGCGUGUGAUGACUCGAGCCAGCGCCGUGCUGAGUGAGCUGGGAGUGGAGACAACGCUCACCAAACCUGUGCAGGAGGAGGAGGAACCAACACAGGAGGUGGAUGAAGGAGAGAGUGAAGAAGAGGAUGAAGAAGAGAGUGAGGGAGAGAUGGAAGAACUAGAAGAAGGGGAAGAGGAGAAGAAGUUGGUUCCUACCAUUGAAGUUGCUGAGCCCACCCCCAUGGCCGGGGCGGAUGCCAGGUCCCCCCUCCCCCCACCCCCUCCGUUUGUGAGCACAGAGGUCAGCACAGCGGCUCCAUCAGUCACUGAGGUCCUCUCUCCUGAGCUGCAGCUGGGGGUGGAGGAACCGGCGGUGGUGGAGAUCUCACCUGCAGAACUGGCUCAGGCCUGGAAGGACCUGACAGCGCCUGCAGAAGUGACCCAUGAGGAUGUGGUGAACAUGGAGGGACUUCCUGUGGAACUGUCGGAGAAGUGGAGCGUGUUGGACGUCCGCCCCUCCCAGGUCACCGUCCCUCCCCGACCUGUCCUGCCGCUCACACAGUCUGUCUCCUUCUCAGCACUCAGGGCACCUCAGGAGGACACAGUGCCAAAGGAGGUCCAGCCCAGAGUGCGUGACAGCUCCCACACCAUCCACCACUUCUGCACGUCCGUCCCAGCAGCCGUCCUGCCCCCACACCUCAGGAACAUCAGCAGGUUCCACCACACAUGGUCCAAGUUCUUCCAGCCAGAGUACUACUCAGACGAGACGUUGAGUGAGACAUCAGAAGACAGCGGGGUCGCGCCGUCUGUCACUACUACCGUACGCGACGCGGACAACACCUACAGGAUUGAGGCCGCGGCGCAGCGUGUGAUGGACAAGCUCCAACCCUCGCGCCAACCACUGGACCUGGAGGGGUGGAAGGCUCUGGCGCAGGAGAUGGUGGAGGGACCAAAUCUCUCUAUUGAUGGGACGAAGAUGGACAUCAAAGAAGACAUCUCACGGCUGUACUGGACCCCCGCCCCGCCCAAACUGGACCUGCCCCCGUCCUACAUCCGCAGCAGGGUGUGUCCCGACUACGUUCCCGUGGAGACGGCAGGGACCAUCAGUCCGGAGAAGAGCAGUCUGAUGGAGUUCUCGGAGGAGGAGAGUGAGGAGGAGGAGGAGGAGGAAGAGGAGGAGGACCCAGAGGAGAGGGAACAGAGAGAGAGACUGUUGCGACACAAGCACCCGUCAGCGACUGACCUGACGAAGCUUGCCCGGCUGCAGCUGGAGUGGGACCUGCAGGGAGGUCAGCCGUCACCUGAGAGGACAGAGGAGUCCCUCGCACCUACACCUGCCUCUGGGCUCACCACCAAGACUAGGGAUGAAGAGGUAUCGGAGGCAUCCUUCACAUCUGAGAUGUUCUACAUGAAGACGAGGGAGCUGGAUGACGAUGAGAUCUUCACGCCGGCGGUGGUGCGGCGGAGACGCGCCCAGUCCGCCCCUCAGCUGUUUGAGGAGGGGGAGGAGGUGUUCUCUGUUCCCGCUGACUUUGACACCAGCAUCAGGGAGCUGAAGUACCAGGCACAGAAGAUAUCUGAGCUGAAGGCCUCCAGGGGACAGGUGCCUGCUAAGGGCACAGGGGAAGAGGCAGCAGAUCCAGCAGCUAUAGCAGCCACCACAGUCACCUCCCCUGGGAAGGAACCAGCCCAGGAGAAGGGUCUGAUCAUCAAACCUCCCAAACCUACACCUGCCGAGCUGGCACGGGAGGCUGGCAUGAAGUACAUCAUCUACCCCAAGAAGAAGAAGAAAAAACCCGCCAAGAAAACCAUCGGGUUAGAAAAGGCACUGGAGAUACAGGAAGAGCUGCUGACCACACACCACAGACUGCAGCGGUCCGCGUCCCUCCCCAAGCUGGACCUUCCCGUGGAGCGCAUGCUGCGAGUCCCGCCUCAUGUCAGGACUGGAACCCGCGGGAGUGUCGGCAACAUCCCCACCUUCCUGCAGUACUCCAGCGACAGGAACAUGCCCGGUGACGCCGACAUGCGAGAGUGGGUGAGGGACAUCUGGAACGAAUGGUUCGAUGAGGUGUUUCCUUCCAGUGAGGACGGCUGGUCUGAGAUGUCCAGCGUGGUCAGUGAACUGGACACAGAGAGAAAGCCCACCACCGCACCGGUCAUCACUGCUGAUGCUAUAGAGAGCAUAGAGCCUAUAGGAGAACGCGAGGAGGACAGAGCAUUGGUGGAAGCACUCCAGGACGAGGCCAGACAACUCACAGAGAGGAUAGAGAGGGAUGGAGAGACGCCAUUUGACUUGUGCAGGAGGGGAGCCAUCCACCGUAAGCUUGGACUACUCAAGAAGGCUGAAUACGACCUCAGCAAGGCGAUACUCUUAGAACCGAAGCUUCUGGAUGCCUACUGGCACAGGCACCUCCUUCAUCUGGUACAGGAGAAGCCAGCAGCUGCUAUUGAGGACUUGAACUUCAUCCUGAAGCAUAACAAGAAGCACGUGGGAGCGUACCGGUCGCGGGCGGAGGUGUACAGGAAACAGGACGACUACACGUCAGCGAUCGUGAACUACACACAGGCCAUCAAGCUGCAGCCUGACGAUCACGAGGCUUACUAUUACAGAGCUGAGAUGUAUGAGAAGAAGGGGGACAUGUUGCUGGCCCUGGAGGACUUUGCCCAGGCCACGCGCCUCAUGCCCUCCCGCACCGAGGCAGUCAUGAAGCACGGCCUAUACUACUUCAACAACGGGAACUGGAUCGGAGCGGUCAAUGACUUCACAGCCCUGCUGCAGCAGGAACCCAACAACGCCGUAGCCAGGACGUACCGCGGGAGGGCGUACGCUCAGCAGGGACACUACAGCAGUGCUGUAGAGGACUUGUCUGCUGCCAUCCACCUGGAUCCUAACAACGCCAUCGCCUUCUACCACCGCGGCUGUCUCCUCAGGAAGGUCCACCCUAAGAAGUCUCUACAGGACCUGAGUGUCUCCAUCCUGCUGGACGACUCGGAAGACAACGUCAAGGCCAUCCUGCACAGGGGCAUACUGUAUACGGACAUGGAGAGGUGGACAGAUGCGAUCUCAGACUUUGAGCAUGCGCUGAAGCUGGACAGGAACCUGGCGUGUGCUCACGUCAACCUGGGGCUCAUCUUCCUGCACCAGCUGGAGAACUACUUCAAGGCUAUCGGCCGCUUCACCCAGGCCAUCAAAACUGACCCCACAUACAUCAGGGCAUACAUCUGUAGGUCAGAGGCCUACCACAAAAUACAUAAGAGGAAACAGGCCCUACUAGACAUCACCCGUGCCAUCCACCUGCGGCCUGACGUCCAGCAUUACUACAUGCGGCGCGGCCAGCUCCUAUUACAGAUGAAGAACCUGGAGCUGGCCAGCUUCUGUGUCCAGCACGCCUCGGAGCUGAAGGACGGUCUGGGGGCGUCGUCCACCCAGCAGGCCGUGGUGCAGUCCUUCCUGAAGCAGCAUGACAAGGCUGUGGAGACCAUGGCUCAGGCCUGCAGGGUCAAACCUUCUCCUCAGAUGUACACACUGCUGGGAAAAACUCAGAUGAAGGCCAAGCAGUUUGAGGAUGCUGUUGGAACAUACAAGCGUGCUAUCCAGCUGCUCACUCCCUGGCAGGCAAAACAGCCCAUGCCAUGGGAGGCAGCAGAGGUGUACUAUUACCUGGGGCUGUGUCACCUGGAGCUGUUCCAGUACAUGGAUGCACUCGAGGCCUUCAACAAUGCUCUAAAGGUGAACCCAUCCUAUGCUGAAGCGUACUACCAGCGAGGUCUGACCAGACUGAGACUGAAGCAGUCCAAGGGCAUCCAGGACUUCAACAGAGCACUGGCACUGGAUCCUUACAUCUUCCAGGCAUUCCUGAGUCGUGCGGCGUACUACGGAAUGAAGGGACGUUACACCAAGGCCAUCAUGAACUGUAACGAGGCCAUCAAACUACAGCCCAACAGUGUCAGGGCUUACCUCUACAGAGGUGCGCUGAAGUACUAUGUGAAGACCUACAAGCUGGCUGUGAAGGACCUGUCUAAAGCUGCCUCCAUCGACAGGACCUGCUCAUUAGCAUACUUCAACCGGGCGGUCUGCUACCACGAGAUGAAGGACUUUGAGAAGGCCCUGCAGGAUUAUGGGAUAGUCCUACUGCUGGAGGAGAAAAAUCUCAAGGUGCUGAUUAACCGAGGCCUGCUGUAUUUUGAGCAGAAGGACUACAGGAAUGCUCUCCAGGACUUCAUGGCAGCCGCACAGGUUGAUGUAAAAGACCCCAAGCUGUGCCACACGGUGGGUCUGUGCCGUCACAAGUUGGACAAGCUGGAGGAUGCCGUGGACAGUUUCUCCCAGGCCAUCCAGGUGGACCCGUUCUUCAUCGACGCGUACAUCGGGAGGGGGAACGCCUACAUGGACUACGGACACGAGGAGGGGAUCCUCAUGGCCAGGAAAGACUACGAACACGCCCUCAGGCUGGACCCCACAAACGUCACGGCCAGAGUCAACCUGGCAUACAAUCUACAGGUGUUUGGGAAGUUCAUGCAGGCUUGGAGACAGUUCACAGCUGCGGUGGACAUGUCACCCAGGUUCAAACCUGCGCUGGAGGGCCGCGCUGUGGUCAACCUGCAGAUGUCCAACACCUACGCCGCCUGGGUGGACAUCAACGAUGCGGUCAAGAUCGGACCUUCGGCAGAACUGUACACGAACAGGGGCGUCAUCAACCAGUUUAUGGAUGACUACACCAACGCCAUUAAGGACUACAAGUCAGCCCUGCAGCUGGACCCAACCUUCUCCCUCGCCUACUUCAAUGCUGCCAACCUGUACUUCCACAUGAAGCAGUUCACACAGGCAAAAGACUUCUAUGACAAGGCUGUUCAGUGUAACUCCAAGGAUGAGUCUGCCCAUCUCAACAGAGCCAUUACAAAGGUGAUGUUGAAGGACACCAAAGGUGCCCUUGAGGAUUUCAAGAUGGCCGCCCAGCUCAGUCCCUACUCGGCGCACGUGUACUUCAACAGGGGAAACCUGUACGCUGGUCUGAAACAGUACGACAAGGCUGAGAAGGACUACACACAGGCCCUGUCCCUGCAGCCUGAUGAUGCGCUGGUGUACAAGCGGAGAGCGGACGUUCGCGGGAAGCUGUCCCGUACGCAGGACGCCAUCCAGGACUACAGGAGGGCCGUGGAGAUACAGGCCAGGAUGCAGAGGAUGAACGUGCACUAA